AUGGCGGCAAUGUUGUUACAAGAACCAGUGAUACAGACUGCUAUAUGGGAUGCGUUAAAUAACUACUGUUACAAAGAUGCAACCUUCUUGGCGGAGAGACUUGUGGCUGAGGUCAAGACAUCGGAUGAAGCCCUGUUUUUACUUGCCACCUGUUACUACAGAAUGGGAAAGUCAGUACAGGCGUACAUGUUAUUACAGAAGAGAGGAUGUCCAACUCCCCAGUGUAAAUACCUCCUAGCCCGGUGCUGUGUAGACCUCAACAAAUUACCUGAGGCAGAAGAGGUGUUAGUUGGUAAUAUAUUCCAAAGUAAAACCAAAUCCUGUGAUGAAUUAGAGGCAGAGUUCAGUGGAAUAGCUUGUCAUGUGUUCUCCUUAUUAGGGCAUGUUUACAGUAAAACUGAACGACAACAGAAAGCUAUAGAAUGCUUCAAGAAAAGUCUCAAACUAAAUCCCCUCAUGUGGUCAUCCUUUGAACAGCUGUGUGAAUUAGGUGAUAAGACUGAACCAUGUCAAGUGUUUAAGGCGCCACCUCACUCCCAGAUCACACCAGUACCUCAGAUGGUUAAACACAUGUGUAGUCCUAACUGGGGACGUCUCGACAUGAUGGAGUUCCUAAAAACACCAGAUACUCUUCAGCAACACACGCUCUGCGAGUCCAAAAGUCAGACGCCGUUCCAGGGUCAAGGAACACCAUUUACACCAAGUUUUGCAAACCUUGACUCUCCGUCUCAACUUAUGUUUGUCACUCCAUCACCAGCACUGACGGAUAGUAACACUCUGGAGAGUCGUGCACCAAGUAAAAAGCCUGUGACGCGAAGAAGUCAGCAAACAGGAAUACAGAACAAUCCUCCUGCAGCACGGAAACGGACAGUGAAGGAGAACAAAAGUCCAAGAGGAACAGGAAGAAAUCCAAAGAAAAAUAUAGGUCUUGGCCUCGGUAAAACAGAUCUGACAAGUGACACAGGUACCAAACCUCUACAGUCUGACGCGCCAUCACAAACACAGAUUCUUCAUAUACAACAUCAGUCGCUGUGUGGAAUGCUGAACCUCCUACAGAGUAUGGGGCGAGCCUAUCAGGCGUUAAGUCAGUAUGAUUGUAGGAAGGCCAUAGAGUACUUUCAGGACCUUCCGCUUCACCACUACAAUACUGGUUAUGUCCUAUGUAAAGUGGGGCGUGCCUAUUUUGAGCUUGCCCAGUAUCAGAAGGCUGAACGAGUUUUUUCUGAGGUGCGGUCACUAGAACCCUAUCAUUUAGAUGGCCUUGAAAUACACAGUACUACCUUAUGGCAUUUACAGAAGGAUGUAGAGUUAUCUACUCUUGCUCAGGAACUCUCCGACAUGGAUAAAUCUGCUCCACAGGCCUGGUGUGCCAUGGGGAAUUGUUUCAGUCUACAGCGGGAACAUGACACUGCCAUAAAGUUCUUCCAACGAGCGAUACAGGUUGAUCCUAGCUUCGCCUAUGCCUACACUUUACUUGGCCACGAGUAUGUGUUCACAGAGGAACUUGAUAAAGCCAUGUCAUGUUUCAGAAAUGCAAUAAGAGUCAAUUCUCGUCACUACAAUGCAUGGUACGGCGUUGGUAUGAUCUAUUUCAAACAAGAGAAGUUCACACUUGCUGAGGUUCACUACCGGAAAGCUCUCCUGAUCAACCCACAAAGUCCUGCUCUCCUCUGUCAUAUAGGAGUGGUGCAGCAUUCUCAGCAGAAAUCAGAGAGUGCCCUGGUGACACUAAAUAAAGCCAUAGAAACCGACCCUAGCAAUCCACUCUGUAAAUUCCAUCGGGCAUCUAUCUUAUUUGCCAGUGAAAGACACAAAGAAGCUCUUCAAGAACUAGAGGAGCUGAAACAAAUUGUUCCAAAAGAAUCUCUUGUGUAUUUCUUAAUAGGCAAGGUACACAAGAAAUUAGGUAACUCUGAUUUAGCAUUAAUGAAUUUUUCCUGGGCCAUGGACUUCCUCAUGAAACAGCCAAAAGACAUGGACUUGGAUUUUAUCUUCUUUCACCAAUGUUGA